AUGGAAGCUAACCAGCUAAAUAUCGUUGAAACGAAAACUGCCCUUAUUUCUGGAGUGCAAGAUGAGAAAAUAGUCCCUCUGAUGGAGGACGAAGAUUAUGAGCAGGAGGAGCACAUCGAUAGUCUUAUACAGGAUCUCGAGUCCACAGAUGGCGAUGACAUUGUCUACAACGUCAGAAAGAGCAUAGAAGGUUCGAUCAAGCGUGCCAGCGCUGGACGAGGACCACCAAUUAUCACCAGCCUUGAGACCGGUCUCACAGACGACCAGGCAUCAAUCCUCCGAAAAAGACAUGGCCCUAACCGAAUGAAAGAGGCAAAAGAGAACAUGUUCCUUAAAUUUCUAUCUUAUUUCGUGGGUCCCGUUCAGUUUGUCAUGGAGGCCGCUGCUAUUUUGGCAGCUGGGCUGAAAGACUGGGUGGAUUUUGGAGUCAUUUGCGCUCUUCUUCUGCUAAACGCCUCAGUAGGCUUUAUCCAGGAGUAUCAAGCAGGUUCAAUAGUGGAUGAACUGAAGAAGACGCUAGCCCUAAAGGCGACUGUGCUCCGUAAUGGGACCCUGAUUGAAAUAGACGCCACGGAGGUUGUACCAGGAGAUAUUCUUAAAAUAGAUGAGGGCACGAUCGUGUGUGCUGAUGGCCGAGUCGAAACGCUCAACUCCCUUCAGGUUGACCAGUCUUCAAUCACCGGUGAAUCCCUAGCAGUUGAUAAGCGCAAGGACGAUGUCUGCUUCGCAUCAUCUGUUGUAAAACGUGGGGAUGGAUACCUCCUUAUCACAGCCACUGGUGACAAGACUUUGGUCGGAGAAACUGCGGCGUUGGUUAAUGCAUCAUCUUCCAACAUCGGCCAUUUCACAGAAGUGCUGAACCGUAUUGGUGCUGUCCUUCUAAUAUUGGUGAUACUAACGCUGAUCAUCGUUUGGGUUUCGUCCUUCUAUCGUUCAAACCAUACUCUUACUAUACUCGAAUUCACUUUGGCCAUCACGAUGAUCGGAGUCCCGGUUGGCCUUCCGGCUGUUGUUACCACUACCAUGGCGGUAGGUGCGGCGUAUCUGGCGAAGAAACAAGCUAUAGUACAAAGACUAUCCGCCAUAGAAUCUCUAGCGGGCGUGGAGAUAUUGUGCUCUGACAAAACCGGUACUCUAACGAAGAACAAAUUGUCCCUUUCGGAACCUUAUACAGUCGCUGGUGUUGACCCUGAUGACUUGAUGUUGACUGCAUGUUUGGCUGCUUCGAGAAAGAAAAAGGGUAUGGACGCCAUUGACAGAGCUUUUUUUAAAGCUCUUCCUGACUAUCCACGCGCCAAAUCAGCUCUUACCCAAUACAGGGUGCGUGAAUUUUGUCCCUUUGAUCCUGUCUCGAAGAAAGUGACAGCAGUUGUGCUGUCUCCACAGGGUCAGGAAAUAAUUUGCGUGAAAGGAGCACCUUUGGUGGUUUUGAAUACCGUCCUAAAAGAGCAGCAAGUUCCAGAACAUGUCGAUAUAGAGUACAAGAAUAAAGUGAGUGAGUUUGCAGUUCGUGGGUUCCGCUCACUUGGGGUCGCUCGAAAGCGUGGGGAUGGGCCGUGGGAAAUACUUGGGAUAGUACCAUGCUCAGACCCCCCGCGACACGACACAGCGAAAACCAUAAGCGAGGCAAAGACCCUAGGCUUAUCGAUCAAAAUGCUUACGGGCGAUGCUGUUGGAAUAGCCCGAGAGACUUCACGUCAGCUGGGGCUAGGGACUAAUGUCUACAACGCGGAAAGACUUGGUCUUGGUGGCGGGGGAACAAUGCCCGGGUCGGAGGUUUAUGACUUUGUCGAAGCCGCUGAUGGGUUCGCAGAGGUUUUCCCCCAGCACAAGUAUAACGUUGUGGAGAUCCUGCAGCAGCGUGGAUACUUGGUUGCAAUGACAGGGGAUGGUGUUAAUGAUGCCCCAUCAUUGAAGAAGGCCGACACUGGAAUCGCCGUAGAGGGCGCUUCAGACGCUGCGAGAUCUGCUGCUGAUAUUGUCUUCCUCGCGCCAGGUCUGUCUGCGAUAAUUGAUGCGCUCAAAACGUCCCGUCAAAUUUUUCAUCGAAUGUAUGCAUACGUAAUAUACCGGAUUGCAUUGUCUUUACAUCUCGAAAUAUUCCUUGGCCUUUGGAUUGCAAUCAUGAAUGAAAGUCUCAACCUACAACUUGUGGUGUUCAUUGCCAUCUUCGCAGACAUCGCAACUUUGGCAAUAGCCUACGAUAAUGCACCCUACUCGAAGACCCCGGUAAAAUGGAACCUUCCUAAACUUUGGGGAUUGUCUGUCGUACUUGGGAUUGUGCUCGCAGUGGGCACCUGGGUUGCGCUUACGACGAUGUUAAAUGAAGGGGAGCACGGUGGAAUUGUGCAGAACUUUGGGAAACGCGAUGAAGUCCUGUUCCUUGAAAUAUCACUGACAGAAAAUUGGCUGAUCUUUAUUACCCGGGCUAACGGCCCUUUCUGGUCGUCUUGCCCAUCAUGGCAGUUGUUAGCGGCCAUUGUGGUAGUAGAUUUAGUCGCAACGUUCUUCUGCAUCUUUGGCUGGUUUGUUGGUGGCCAAACUUCCGUUGUAGCCGUCUUUCGCAUCUGGGUCUUUUCAUUCGGCGUGUUUUGCAUCAUGGGAGGGAUUUAUUAUCUAUUACAGGGGUCUACGGCUUUCGACGAUAUCAUGCAUGGCAGAAGCCCGAGAAGACGCGAAGGGACGAGACGUUCGUUGGAAGACUUUCUGGUUGUGUUGCAAAGAGUGUCAAGCCAGCAUGAGAAGAGCUCAUUGAGCCCCGAAAACGGGCAAGCCGGUCGUCGAGGUUGA